AUAAAGUCGUCGGCUCUCACACGAGCAGUCACUGCCGUCAGCUGCAGCUGGCAGCGGUGGCAGCAUACAGUAAGUACUUAGAACUUAGUAUAGAGCGUGCGGGCCGUGGACACGGACACCGGUCACCGACGUCACUGUCCACAGGCAGCGCAGCACAGCAGCAGCAAAUCCAUCGCGGUGCGUGCGGGCGACAAUGGCGGUCGCCACGGCGAACUUCGAUUCCUGGCUGAGCAGCAAGCUCCAGGAAUUAAAGACCGACGAGAGCGUCUUCGGCAGCUACAUCAAGGGCAUCCUCGAGGGCGAUGAGACCGAGGCCGAGAAGACCGAGGCGCUCGAGGGCAUUCUCGCCGGCAUAACGGAAGAUAACAUUGAAAAGCAUGUAACAGAGAUUCUCGAGGCCUGGGUCAAGUGGGGCCAGGUCGACGAGGCACCGGUUGACAAUACACCAAAAGAGGAUGUCGACGUGCGGUUGGUCCGCAUGCUGGAAUCACAGAGCCUCCCAACUACUUCGCACAAAAGUAAUCACACCGAGGAGGAGAAGAGAAUCAAAGAAGCCAUAUUAGCACAGUACAGUCAGAUGUCCGACAACGAAGAGAGUAAGGAUGAGGAGGACGAGGAAGGUGGCGACGGAGGUGGCUGUGACUCUGGUUUGGAGAAGAAUACCAAUGUGGCUACUAUCAUUCACGCUGAAAGGGAGCGACGAGAGAGGGCAAAGCAGGAGAGCGCAAAGAAAAAGGAAAAAGACAAAGAGGAUCGGGAAAAGCAGAAACUACUGAAGGAAGAGAAGAAGGAGAAGCGCAAAACUCAAAAAGGAGAAAGACGAAGGUAGCAUCGAAUACAGCACAAAAGAAACAUUUACCUCAGAAACCCUCUUCAAGAAGUGUCACUGCAUUUCUCUUCACAAACUGAUUCAAACCACUUUGCAUAGUAAAGUCAUGCAUUUCUGUCUAAUCUAAUCUCGUCAGCAGUAUAUAAGUGGAACCUGAUCUCCGUGAUGAAAUAUCAUGUCUCGAUGCCAAUGCAAUUUACAACUUUACUUCUGUUCAUUAAAAUUGGGAUUUCACGAUGGAGUUAUAUACUCCGUUGUAGCUUGAAUUCUGUAUUCAUCCCAAUUUUAUUUGGCUACCUGUUCUUGUCAUAUUUUGACUUGUGCUUCGCACAAGUAAGUUUUUUCUUUUUAUCAAUGCGUAGGCCAUGUAUUUAAUGCGAAAUCGUCAAAUAAAUUAUUUAAAAGAUGAUUGUA